UAUACUUUUUGUAUUGUUUGUAACUCUGUGGCUUUGAUUUUUCUUUAUAUGUAAUGUUACUGGUCUUCUCCCAGGCCUUGCAGGUGUCAGGUGCCAUAUUAUGUAAUUUUCCCAGUUCUGCAGUUGCGGCAGACUUGUUACGCAAUUCCGAAAUUUUCCAUGGCCAAAUCUUACCCCUUUGUGUGAUACCAGCCAAUCAAAAUUUAUUAUCGUUGUCACGUGUUCUGAUGCCGUCGGUAACUGACCAGUCAGCCUUGGGUCAUUCUCGCUUCAUCGAAGCUAUUGAUAGCAUCAAAAAAUUUGGCACAGUAAUUGAAUAAAACAAAUUGAUCUUAAACGAUUUCUGGGAAAUCGGCGUCAUAAUCAUUGUAAGUGCUUUGCAACGCAUUAUUGUGGUUUUCAGUGAUUGCGAUCGACUAUCAUUUUGAGCUGGUUCCGGUCGGGGUACAACAAUGAACGCAAUAGACGUGUGUGUGGUAGGACAUUCUUAUAUCCGAAGACUCAAGGAGUAUUGUGCGCGAACAGGGACUGGAAAUUUGGAUUUGGACCCAUGUGCAUUUAAUAUCACUUUCAGAGGCAAAGGAGGACUGAAAUCGAGGAGAUGUGAUUCGCGCUCCGAACUUCUAUGUUUUGACAUUGUCCCUGAUAUUGUGUUCUUGCAAAUCGGCGAGAAUGAUAUUGCUGCAACUACGAACAGUAAGAAAUUAGCUGAGGAUAUAAUUUCAAUCGCGCAAUAUCUUUGUGAUGGAGUCGGGGUCAGAUUAGUCAUCAUUGGCCAGUUGAUUCGCCGCAUGCAAUUUGCGUCAUGUAGAUACUUUAAUAUCACGGUGAUAGAGACGAAUCAACAUUUGAAACAGCUAAGUGACCCCCUGUGUAGUAUCCAUUACUGGAGUCAUAGAGGGUUUUGGAAUGACCUGCAUUAUCUCGGCCCAGAUGGUGUCCAUUUGCUCUGUACCCCCGACGAGGACCAGCCCAUGAGAAAAUAUCGCCGCAGUAUCAGGAAUGCGGUGAUACUGCUUUCAAAACUUAUAAGGCCAGUAUAAUCUAUAACCAUGAUAUGUUUGCCUUGCAUAUGUUCGAAAUUUUGGACAUCUAGACAAUUUCAAUUUCACUUUGGUAGUGCAAAUAUACACUAUUAUAUUGAAAUUCAUACUGUACUCAUUGAAGCAAUUUAUAGAGAUGUAUAGAUAUAUUUUUUCAGAGUAGCUAUGAAGGAAACAAACACUUGAUUCUACACAUAAGCAAAACAGAUAAUAGAAUAUCUAUUAGUCAAAGUAUGUUGUUAUGGCCCUAUGUUAUAUGUCAUUUAUUCAAAUGACGCAAAUAAGGAAAAAUAUAUACAUAAUAUAAUAAGGGGAUCAGACCAAAAACUAUUCACACAAUACAUAAUGACAUAUCAAUCUGCUGAUCCCCUAAAUUUACGGAAGAACAAUAUAUGCAAAAAUUAUAAAAUUGAUUAGGUCUACAGCGAAAAGAUGGCACAUCAAAAAUAUGAAAUAUGUCAUUUAUUCAAAUGACGCAAAUAAGGAAAAAUAUAUACACAAUAUAAUAAGGGGAUCAGACCAAAAACUAUUCACACAAUACAUAAUGACAUAUCAAUCUGCUGAUCCCCUAAAUUUACGGAAGAACAAUAUAUGCAAAAAUUAUAAAAUUGAUUAGGUCUACAGCGAAAAGAUGGCACAUCAAAAAUACAAAGGCCAUAACAUAUCUUAAAACAUAUCAAUGCAAGUAAGGUAGGAAAAGAUGGGGUGGUGGUGGGUGUGCCAAAUUUUUUGAUGCUAUCAAUAGCUUCGAUGAAGCGAGAAUGACCCAAGGCUGACUGGUCAGUUACCGACGGCAUCAGAACACGUGACAACGAUAAUAAAUUUUGAUUGGCUGUUAUCACACAAAGGGGUAAGAUUUGGCCAUGAAAAAUUUCGGAAUUGCGUAACAAGUCUGCCGCAACUGCAGAACUGGGAAAAUUACAUAAUAUGGCACCUGACACCUGCAAGGCCUGGGAGAAGACCAGUAACAUUACAUAUAAAGAAAAAUCAAAGCCACAGAGUUACAAACAAUACAAAAAGUAUAUUAACUUACUAACAUUUACAUGCAAAAAAAACAGCAUUCAACACAUAAAUGCAAUUAUUUACAUAAUUGUUGUUUUAUGUUUCCUCAUGCUGCACAAACUCACCGCAGCUCCGUUUUUGCUGAGUUUAGAUCAAUAACAUCAACACCACUGUAGAGAUGAAAUAUGUCAUUUAUUCAAAUGACGCAAAUAAGGAAAAAUAUAUACAUAAUAUAAUAAGGGGAUCAGACCAAAAACUAUUCACACAAUACAUAAUGACAUAUCAAUCUGCUGAUCCCCUAAAUUUACGGAAGAACAAUAUAUUCAAAAAUUAUAAAAUUGAUUAGGUCUACAGCGAAAAGAUGGCACAUCAAAAAUACAAAGGCCACCAAAUGUGAGCGGCCAAACAGACUCUACAGUGGUGUUGAUGUUAUUGAUCUAAACUCAGCAAAAACGGAGCUGCGGUGAGUUUGUGCAGCAUGAGGAAACAUAAAGAUUAUCUCUACCAAAAUUAAUCUUGCUGUGCGUCUAACACAUUUAUUAGAUGUGUACUACAAUUACCUCUGAUAAAAUUUCAUAAGUAAUUAAUGUAUACUAGUAAUUUUCAGAGGGCCUUGACUAUAGAAAACAUUUACAGAGCCAAUUGAGCAUUCAAAAGCUCUGACAAUACAUUAGUAUUUAGGGCUAAGUAUUAAGAAAUUCUUUUUUUCCAGAUUUUUGUGCAUUAUCUUAUACAUAUUUGCUGUGAAGUUCCAGUCGAUAGACAGAUAUUGGUCAAUGCAUGUCCCUAUCGGAACAACCCAGUACAGUGUAUCAGGAAUGAUGUCUAGAAAUAAGUUUUAAGAGGUUGAAUAUAAGAACAUUUUUGUUAAAUAUGAUGCAAGUACAUUUAAAUCUAGUGAUUGAAAGUAAGUACUUGAACAUUCGUAUACGUUGAACUUGCAGAGGAAAAACGGGUAGUACUUUUUGAUAACAUUUGAUAAGGUGCUGUAACUGCUGUUGCUUAGCAACCAAAUAUAUUUGAAUGCAAAAAAUUAAAUUAUUUUAGAUUAACAAUAAAGAUCUUUGUUUUAAUGUUGCAAUAUUUAUUCUAUUUAGUGGAACAUAAUGGCAAGACGUCAUAUUAUUAGAAAAUGAUGGAUAUGUACAAUGUAUAUAAAGUACAAAGUUUCCAUUUUAUGACCUUUGACCUUAAUUCUCUUCAUCAUAUUUUUUCUUAAGGUAGAGACGGAUAGCAACCACGUGAUCAGUAAAAAUCGUGUAUUUGCACGUGAAUUUGUUUUCCGGAAUUCCGUACACCGUCAUAGAGUAGUUGAAAAACAUAAAGGGGUUCCGAAAGUACAAGUUGUUGCUGUGACUGACUCGAUGAUUGAGGGGGUCGUCUCGACGAAAGAUAGAGACAGUUGGCCAUAGUUUAGAUUAGGAAUACGUCAAUGUAAUAAUAGUGGACCAAAUGUUUCGUCCGUGCAGAAUGGCACUUUUUACCUCACGACCAUGCAUAGCUGCGCUACGUAAACAAUUUUACAAAGUUGUUGAUGUAGCGUGAUCGUGAUGUCCGACUCCGAGUGCUGCGAGUUUCAAUACUGUUUAUGUAGUCAUUGAGAGUUUAAACAAAGUUUCUUCUGAGAAGAGGGAUUCGAUGGAUGCAUUCAACGUGGACAACGAGAUUAUAAUUUCGUUUGUGUCAUCCUAAGGACCAGUGCAAGUUGAAAUGGGCUUCGAGUCAACAACUUCAACAGCAAUUUGCCUUGAAAAUCAGCAAGAAAGGUACUUCAUUUACAUUGAUGAUGUCAUAUCCCCUGGACCCCACAACUUUACAGGUUACAGAGAAAAUUCAAGAACUUCUGCACAAUGUGGAACUUGGAUAGAAUCAAUAAUGUAUUUGUGAGAAAGACAAUAAUAUUGCAUAAAUGUAGAUGAAGUGUCAUUGUUGAUUAUUCUAAGUUUUUGAUAUAUCAAAAUCAGUAAACAUUUCUAAAUCAAAAUAAAAUACCAAUUUUAUAUCUUUUAAUCAAUGUGUUUGAAUUUCUCAUUUUCUACUACCCCCCCCCCCCAACACAUUCAGUGCAUAUAUACCGUGAACUGGGAGAAAUUAGGGGGGAGGCAACCGGCGCGAGCCCCCCUAAAAUUUUCAAGAUUAAGGUAAAUCGUGGUAUGUUGUUUAGAAAAAUGUAUACGAUAAAAGAAGCAAUAAUUUCCUCCAAUCUCGGAGAAAUAAAUGUCUGACAAAACGUUUUGAUUUAUUGAAUUACUUUUAGACCCCUGCCUCAUACAG